AGCAAACACAUUUUUCUAAGUGUUAACCCCUUCACAGUGAUGUGACAAGUGCUGAAAUUUGAAGUCUUUAUUCAGCAGUGAUGAGAAGACCAUGGGCUUAACAGUAGCAGCCGGUGGAUUUAUCCUCCUCCUCCUCUGUGGAUCAGUUCACUUGCCUCAUGCUAGAGAGGAUCAGUGUGAAGGAAGAUUUUCUGGGCCAGUCACUUCUGUCAGAGACCCAAACCUCCAGGUGAAUGUGAAUAGAGGAGGGGUCCUCAUUUCUUCCUGGACAGAGCUGCGGUGUGUCAGCGAAUGCUGUCUGCCCAGUCAACCCUCUUAUAUCUGGUACAAGAAUGGACACAGAGUUGAAGAAGAAUCAUCUGUUUAUCGUGACAUCUUUGACAAUGUAGACAGUGUCUACUGCGCUGUGAAGGGACUUGAGAAUUUCCCCUCUCCUCAAAUUUGUGUCCAUAUGAAUACCUGCAAUAACAUAAUUUACAUGGAACAAAAAAUGAUUGCCUUCAGCGGUUCCUCUGUGGACAUUUCUUGUUCCUACAGCGGACGUGGAUACGAUGGACCGAAGUUCUGGUUCAGUCCUGAGCGCAGUCAUCUGUGGAGGAAUCUGUCCACACCUGAAGACCUCAGCAGAGACCCCCAGUACAAUGGGCGUGUUAAGACUUCUGUAGGGAAAGGACGCUCCACUCUGACAAUCACCAACCUGAGAGGGACUGACUCGGCCCAGUAUCGCUUCCAAAUCGGUGGCAGAUUUAAUACUUUACCUGGUACAACUCUGUUUGUCAUAGCUCUGCAGGUACAGGGGAUCAGUGUAACAGUCAGCCAGGCUGGAACUGAGGCAGAGCUGAGGUGUCAGAGCAGCUGCAUUCCAGCCGGUCCUCUCUCCUAUGUCUGGUUCCAAAAUGGACAGAAACAUAGGACAGAGAAUAGUUCUACUUACACAGACCAGUUUCAACCUGGAGACAAUGUCUCCUGUGCCUUCAUAGGAUACGAAGAUUACCGCUCUCCUUCAAUUGAACCCUGCAGGCUUCCCUCUGUGUCCGUGAGUCCAUCUGGUCAGAUCGUGGAGGGCAGUUCAGUGACUCUGAGCUGCAGCAGUGAUGUCAAAGCAGCGGCUGAUUACACCUGGUACAAGGAGGAUGAAGACUCUCCAGUAGCAUCCGGACAGAUUUUCACUAUAACACAUGUCAGACUUGAACACAGUGGGAAUUAUUACUGUGAAGUUCAGGACAGCAAAGGACGAUACAAGUCGAUGGUACAUCUGUUUGUUGUUACAAAGAACUUGACUGUUCUAAUAAUGAACAUCAUUAGACUGACUCUACUGGUCCUGUUGGUGCUUUCUGUGCUUCUAGUGAAUCUGUGGACAAGAAAGAAGAAAGGAAAAACUCAGCGUUUCAACACUGAACCAACUGAAUUUGUCGAAAUGAGGGAGAGAUAGAUAAACACUGGGUCAUAUUAAGAGAAUAAAGGCCCCAUUCCAUCCAGGAGCCCAUGAAGUUGGAGUAUUUCACUCCUUUCUUUUUGAGUAACUUUUCUGAAAACCUUCUGUGAGAGAGUGUUUUGUUUUGUUUUUUUCCUUUUGCGUUUCCUCCUCCUCCCCACCCUCCUCAUUUCCUUGCUCCUUUCUUUCCACACUGUUCUAUCUUCCCUCGGCCUGUGGAGGCUGCAGGCAGUGGAGCUGCAGCGGCAGUCUGCUCCCUGGCUGCCAAAAAUGGAAUUAAGUCGGUUGCCAGGUUGGAUAAGGGAUUGGAUUCUCUUCCUCUUCUGUUAUCCCCCUGGACCAGAUCCUGUUUCCCCCUGAGGGGGUUGGGGGUUAGCGGUGAUGGAAUGGAGGGGGGGCAGGUGGUACAGCAGGGUUAGAUCGCUGCCAGGUCUCUGUCACCACCGUACCUCAGCAGGCCCGCAUCAGGACACACCUGUCCACCCGAAAAGCAGCCUCUGUGUCAGGGCAGCAGCUGCAGCCGGCCGGGGGUCUGAGUCUCCGGACCGGCCCAGGUCUCCUCCACGCCACGCCAGCUUAUGCAGCUUCACAGGAUGUAGCACCUGGCCGAGUCUCAACCCAGCUGGACAAUAACACUGCUGACUGAUAUCAAUGGAGGGUCUGGAGUUUCAUCACAAAUAUCCUAGCAACCACGGCUGGAGUCAUCAUGGAGGAAUCACUGUGUAACAAUAACAUGCAGUGUGUAUGGCAUCCAUUAGUAAGAGCUCCCUCCAUCGUCUCUAUCCUCCUCCUCAUCAUCAUCACUAGUACCAACUAGUAUUUUAAACAUUAGCCUAGUAGUCAUCAUGUGUCAGCUUUGUGUCAGAUCUCACAAUUUUAAAAUUAUAUUAUAAACUUAAAAAAACUUAAUGGACAAGCUCCUGAGAUUUACUGACCCCUUAUGUGCCUUUGUGUCCCCUCAGAUCAGUGGAUGGGGCUCUGAUAAUCAUUCCUUGACCUCAAAUGGUUACUAAGGAGGAAAGGGCUUUUACAGUCAGAGGUCCCAGAGUAUGGAAUAACUUGUCCAUUGAAGUCAGACAGGCCACAAUCUCAUUUCUUUAAACCCUCUUUAAAGCAUUCCUCUCUACAAAGACCUUUAUUUUUUUCCUAAUGUUCUUAUGAUUUUGUUUUUAUACACACUUUAAUAAUUUUUUUGGCUUUGAUUGGUAGAUUCUCCCUUGCUUGUACUGACGUUUAUGGGAAAGACUUUAACAUUGCUUAGAAAAGUGUUGUUGUUAUUAUUAUUAUUAUUAUUAUUAUUAUUAUUAUUAUUAUUAUUAUUAUUAUAUAAGUGUCAGAGAUAAAGGAAAUAUGUUGAGCUUAGUAAUAUUUGCACUUCAAAAAUAGCACAGGCUGGCAAGUGUAUGUUGAGGGGGGAAAAAAAUGAUUGCAAGAGUUGUGAAAAUGCGAAAUAAAACUGCUUUUAAGAAUUA